AUGAGCAAGUUUGCUACGCUUAACAGACAGUUUAUCUCCAAUUUGAAGACCCACCAAGUGAUAACUGAUGCUAAACGAAACUUGAUAUUGUCGAUUCUCAAAUCUACCACCACCAAAAGAGAAGCCAGAAACUACUUGAACAAGUACCAGAACCAAUUUGAUUUCAGUGAUAUUCGUUUUGAUAACGUCAGCAAGGAAUUGACUACAAGAGAGGAACAACGUGAAUUGUUCAUCAAUAGGUUUCUUUCAAGACAGAACCCUUUCCUUAACAUUUAUGAUGAAGAGGAAACAAAGUUGGAAAAGGUUCCAUUGAGAUUGGCAAUAUUCAAAAUAAAACAUUCAAAUAUUAGUGCAAAGGAAUGGGGAGGCAUAGCUGAGACGUUCAAGAGAUUGGUCCAUUUGGGGAUAUCUCCGGUGAUAUUACUUGAUUAUGAGUUUGCCGUAGAUGGAGAAUUCAAACGUCUCGAAUCACUAAUGAUUGAUCAUGGCAGUAAAAUCGUUAACCACUUGGAAAAACAACUUCAGGAUGAUAUUUUCAACGAGUUGGGGCUUACAGUCAUCAAUUCAUUGUUUAUAACAGAUGACAAAGGUGACUUAACGUUGAACUCUUUGGAAGAUAUAAUUAUCCCACUUUACCAAGGCAUAGUUCCAAUUAUCCAACCUUUGGUUUACAAUAAGACUACGUGUUCAUUGGAUAUUUCCCUGCCAGAUUUAUUGCUACAAAAUUUGUGUAUGUCAGCUCUUGAAGCUAAGGACUUAUUAUCAAUUGAAAAGAUUGUUCUAAUAGAACCCCGUGGAGGUAUCCCCAGUAUUGAAAGAGAUCAAACUUCACAUGUCUUCAUCAACUUGUCUCAAGAAUAUGCUGAUUUGGUACUGGAAUUAUACAUUGGAUAUAUCCAUCCGAAGAAUCGAGAUAUUCAUUUGAAAAAUUUGCAUACCGUGAACACCAUUUUGCAUCAAAUCUCCACAGUCACAAAGAAUGAUGAUACUACAGGAAUCAUCACCACUCCCAAAAUCAUGUCAAUCAAUUCUGAUCAAUUAAACCCAAUUAUUUAUAAUGUUUUAACUGACCGACCCAUUAUAUCUUCAUCCUUACCAAGCUCCAAUGCUCCUCAUUUGAGUACUUCAAUCAUAAAGAAAGGGAUGGAGGUUCAAAUUUUUGAUUCCCAAGAUUAUCCAGACGGGUUUACACUUGAAAGAUUAAUUGAUGACGGUCAUAUCCACCGAAGGAAAUUCUUUGACUUAAUCAAUGAUUCAUUCGGUAGAGAACUAGAUGAGAAAACUUAUAUGGAGAGAAUUAAUAAUACCAUAGCUACAGUAGUUAUAUUGGGAGAUUAUGAUGGUUCAGCAAUCAUAACUUGGGAAAAUGGAGUUGCCUAUUUGGAUAAGUUUGCUAUUGCACGGAAGAAUCAAGGAUUGCCAAGUCUUGCAGAUAUUAUUUUUAAGAUUAUUCUUCAAGCUCAUCCUAAUGAAUUAAUAUGGCGUUCCAGAAAGAAUAAUCCUGUUAAUAAGUGGUAUUUUGAAAGAUGCCGUGGAAGUUUCAGUAGUCCCGAGUCUCCUUGGAAAUUAUUUUAUACGGGGGAGAUCUUCGAUAAGAAGAUAAAUCGGAAACAAAAAGCUCGAAAGGAAGAAGUUAAUAUCUUCAAUAAAUUACGACAGUAUUCUUCUAUAUGUGAAGGCAUUCCUGCAUCUUUCAAGCUAUGA